UACCUUCCCGAAGCAAGCCCAGGUUCGUUUUAACCAACCUUCACGGGAACCUCCUCCUAAUUCUCUCUCUGAUAGCUAUAUGCCUGUAUUCAUGCCGGAGACUAUCGGUGACCGUGAAAAAUCCGUUAACGCCGGCGAUGAGCCUACAGUAAUCCAGAGAAAAGAAUCUUCGCUGUUGCAGAUGGUUACGGCUCUCGCCCUUCUGCUCGGUCCCUUACAUUUGGUCGUGGCAUUGAUUUUCAUGGCGUGCUUCCUUCCAAAUUACCUAGCUUUCUCGAUAUUUGUUCUGCUCUUGUUUUUUACGGUGCUUCCUAUUAACGAUGAAAGUAAACUAGGUCGAACAUUGGCAUGGUACAUCUGUUACCAUUGCUGUGCGUAUUUUCCGGUGACGCUGCAUGUAGAGGAUAUAAAGGCGUUUGAAUCAAAACGAGCUUAUGUCUUUGGGUAUGAACCACAUUCGGUUUUUCCAAUUGGAGUUGUUUCUCUUGUGGACUUUACGGAAUUCAUGCAUCUUCCAAAAAUCAAGCUUCUUGCAAGUAGUGCUAUUUUUUAUACACCAUUCCUGAGGCAUAUAUGGACCUGGCUGGGGAUAACUCCUGCAACAAAGAGGAAUUUUACCUCACUUCUGGAAGCUGGUCAUAGUUGCAUUGUAGUGCCAGGUGGGGUGCAGGAGGCAUGUCUUAUGAAGCAUGGAUCAGAGAUUGUCUUUGUCAAGGCAAGAAAAGGGUUUAUUCGCAUAGCCAUACAAACAGGCCGACCUUUGGUUCCAGUUUUCUGCUUUGGUCAGACAGACGUAUUCAAAUGGUGGCAGCCAAGUGGGAAACUGUAUCGGCGACUGUGUAGAGUUAUAAAGUUCACUCCAAUCAUUUUCUGGGGAACUUUUGGAUCACCACUACCAUAUCGCCGGCCUAUGCAUGUUGUGGUUGGCAGGCCCAUUAAGCUCAAAAGAAAUCCACAACCAACCAUGGAAGAGGUGAAUGAGGUGCAUAGCCAAUUUGUAGCUGCCCUUGAAGAGCUCUUUGCGAAACACAAGGCUAGGGUGGGCCAUGCUGAUCGUCAAUUGACAGUACUCUGAUAAGUGCUUUCCUUGGGUUUCCGGUAUUCCAUUUGCAAAUAUAUAUUUCAGUUGUACUUGUUGAAUUUUAUAUAUUUAUAUCAUAGGGCAUUUAGUGUCUCAGAUAAAGUUUAAAAUAUUGACACGAUAGGCCUCAUAGGAAGCGCAUUGUAUCAGUAUCAAAUGAUGUGGAUAUGCGGAAUAUGACGACAUAACCUGUGCUGGUGGUCCUGACCGCCGCUAAAGGUUAUAAGGAUGUCCUAAUUGC